CUCUUCGGCGUGAGGUGACAACGGUUGUCCCAGCGAGCUCCAGGAUAGCUAACGGUGUAGCUGCUAAAACAAAUAUGGCGUUCACAUUCGCGGCCUUUUGCUACAUGCUCGCCCUGCUGCUCACGGCGGCUCUCAUCUUCUUCGCCAUUUGGCACAUCAUUGCGUUUGAUGAGCUGAAGACAGACUACAAGAAUCCUAUAGACCAGUGUAACACACUCAACCCGUUGGUGCUGCCUGAGUACCUGAUCCAUGUCUUCUUCUGCGUGAUGUUCCUCUGUGCUGCUGAGUGGCUCACUCUUGCUCUCAACAUGCCUCUGUUGGCCUAUCAUGUCUACAGGUACACGACCCGCCCUGUGAUGAGCGGCCCCGGUCUCUACGAUCCUACCACCAUCAUGAACGCUGAUAUCCUGGCAUACUGUCAGAAGGAGGGGUGGUGCAAACUCGCCUUCUACCUGCUGUCCUUCUUCUACUAUCUCUACGGGAUGAUCUACGUAUUGGUGAGCUCUUAAACUCUACACCGCACACCUGAGUGUGGAUUUGGACUUCGGCCAUCUCUCUUCUCUCAGUGCGGCUCUGUUUCAAACGGACUCUGUUCCCGACUCCCUGAGCAGGGACAAUGUAUAGGACGCAAUUGGCCAUCAGUACAGCAGUGCUUCAUCUCACUCGCACGCACACACACACACAGAGUGAGUACAUUGUGAACUUGAACACUAUCGACUCCCAGGUUUUCACUGCAGUGCUGUUUUUGAUUUUUUUUUUUGUGAAAUAAAGUUUUUCUUUUUCAUACUGAUUUAUUUUCCACAAUGUCCCCAUGAUGGUUUCUGUGCCAACUUUUGUGUGCAUUUCAUUUCUGUAAUUGUGAUUAUCUGAGAGAAGGGUGUAGUGUUUCUUUAGUUUGUUUUAAAUUUUAACUGAUUUUAAAGAGUUCUUUAAUUCGCGAGGAUCAGAAUGUGAUCAGGUGUUGAGUGGCGUUUGUCAUGACGACCUAAAGCCUUGGUCAGUACCAUUUUGGCUCUGUCCUAAACCCUAGUGCUAAUGCUGUUCUAGUAGGUGAGCUGAUCAGACAUCAUGUUCUCUUCCUGACCUUUAUUCAGCGGUGGUGUCUCAAACCCAAACGCCAGACAGACAGGGUAGUGCCUGUUUAAGUCACUUGAUUUUGUCUGUUUCUCAUUCUUCUGUUAGUGGUAUUUUAGAAUUCUGUCAUUAAAAGCUAAAUGGGGUGAGGAGUUGGGAAGGGGGCAGCUGUCCUGGCUGUGUCUCAAAUGAAGGCCAUGUGCUGUGGAAGAAGUCUGACUGAAUGUGGGCUCUGGUAACAGUCAAGACAAUUGAUGUCCCUUUUCCUUUCCUCACCACUUUUGCUUUGAGCUCAUGGGAAAGGGUCAUGAGGUGAAGGGAAUUCAUAAGAAUGGAGGAACAGACAAAGUUAUAGCUGCCACUGCAAUACUGCCAGGUCAUUUCACUCAGUUAGGAACCUUCCUAAGCAAAAAAAAAGGACUAUGGGAACACAGCCAUUACUUCUGUUGUUGAAGACAGAGCCAAAAUGGUGGCUUUUCCUAACUUUACAGAGUUUUAGUGAAACUUCCUGAUGCCACCAUGGGUGUUUUUUCUCAUUCCUCUCCUGGGCUUCAUUACUUCUCCCCUGAUUGGAUGACACUCCAGUCAUGUGACUGUGUUAAUGCUGCAGUCCUUUAUACUCAGAAAAAUUCAACUCCGACUUCCCAGCGAGGAAUCAGGCGACUGCCACCUCACCCUCUCUGACGUACAGCCACGCACGCCCGACGACACCCCUGACAUCACGACGACAUGCCCACACUCCACAUUAUACGCUUACAGAUUCAGUGUCACGCUCCACACAGGACUGUGCUCUGCGUCUGUGUUUUUCUAAGUAGAAGCACUGGAAGACCUUCAGGUCGGAAAAACAUCUUUCUGAGUAACAGAGUGCAGCAUUAAAACACACAAUGAUCUGAUCUCACCUUGCAGAUCAGCCUACAUCAGACACAUGUGAUCCGUCAAUAAAGAGAUCCAGUGUUCUUAAA